AUGACAUACCCUAUUGACAUUACAGUGACCAGACAGGGAGAACUGAUAUACAGCGAUUACAACCAUAGAACUGUGAACAUUGUCAGAAAUGGGAAGACAGAGACAAUGAUCACCACACCAAGGGGCUGGCAUCCUGAGGGACUGUGCUGUACCAUAUCAGGGGACAUGGUAGUUAGUAUGUGUACUACUGAUAAUAGUCAUCGCAAAAUAGUCCGUUAUCAGGGACAGAGGGUGACACAGAAAAUAGAUAAAGAUGAACAUGGGGAUCCAAUCUAUCAAGGAGGGGAAUAUGUGAUGUAUGUGGUGGGGAACAACAAUGGAGACAUAGUGGCCUCUGAUGGUAAUGCUGACACAGUGGUAGUGGUGGACAGGACAGGAAAAGUCAGAUUCCGAUACAACAACAAGCCUCCAGGGGGAAAGGAAUCAUUCUUUCCUACACAAAUAGCGACAGACUCCAUGGGUCACAUCAUUGUGGUUGAUCAAAUAAAUAAUUGUCUACACAUUCUAGAUCAGAAUGGACAGUUCCUGGGAUGUGUGGAUAAUUGUGAAUUAGAGCAUCCUAUGGGAUUGAAUGUGGACAGUGAGGGGAGGUUGUGGGUAGAAUUGUUUGAUUCAGGGGAAGUGAAAGUCAUGCAAUACAUGAAAUAA